AUGUUCCAAGUCGGCAGCUGGACCCAGAUAGAAGACGUCUGGUCCUUCUUUCAGCAAGUUCUUACGAGGUGCUCUAUUGGGACGCUCUUUGGCACUCAAAUUUUCAAGAAGUAUCCUCGACUCACCAAGGACUUAUGGGAAUUCGAAGACGCCAUUCAGGGCGUUUUACCGGCAUUAUCAUGGUUUACUAUGUCACUACCAGGAAUUCCAAACCCAGGUCCUUACAAGGAACCGAUGACCCGACUAGGCCAGGGCAUUAACAAGUGGCUGAGGGCCAGCCACAGCGGCACCGAAUUUGCAAAGACUGGCAGCGACGACGCAGACUGGGACGAGCAUAGAGGUUCGAAAUUCAUCCAGGAACGUGACGAUUUGUUUGCGAAAGCUCCGUUUUCUAUUGAGAAUAGGACUGCGGAGAUGUUGGAUGUUAUGCACUGCUCGAAUGUGGAGUUGAUCCCCUCCGCUAUCUGGGCAAUGAUCGAAAUCCUGCGUAAACCCUAUUUGGCCGAUAAGAUCACUGCAUUCGUCUCCGAACCCCAGGCAACAAAAGCGGCCGCGCCUGAUGAGGAUGGUAUGCUAGCUAGACCCCUCUUCCAGUCUUUACAAGCAGAAGUCAGUCGUCUUCGUUUCGCAAAGUACACCAUCUGCACAAACCCAACCGCCGAAGUUGCUGUUGACAGCGCGUGGACACUUCGUAAAGGAUGCAACGCAGUUUCGUUUUCGCAAGAUCUCGCCCUGAACACGAAAGCGUGGGCAAACGCGCGGCCACGCACUGUCGAAAAACCGUUGGAGGAGUUUUGGGCUGAGCGCUUCUUAGUCGCUGAUAAAGACACUCCACAUAUACAGGGUCAGCGAAAGAGCCGCGGUAGCAUGAAUGCGGCGAGAUUCGACGCGCAAGAUCUCGAGCUGCUGGUCCCUGCACUCGGCGAUAAGCAGGCGUUUGGACUUGCUAGCGACUACAUCAAAGCCAUGCAAGCAGCGACCAUGGCUGUCCUACUGAGAGAGUUCGAGAUACAGCUAUGCGAUCCGGAUUUGAUCGAUGCAGCGAUGCCUGAGUUGCGAGAGUCGGCGUUUGGACAGGUGCGACCGAAGGAGAAAAUAGCCGUGCGCAUACGCAAACGCAGGGCUGGCAAGGAGCAGUGA